GGGAUAUGGAGUCUUUGCGCGCGAGAACCGAACGGUCGCUUCGCACGGAGUUGUCCAUGUCCAAAGCGUUUGCAACUGGGGCUGUCUUAUGAACUUGUGAGUUUCAAGGGGAUAAACUUACGGGUGCAGCCGCCAGUACCUGUUUGCUCAGGUGAACGCGUCUUGCUGAAGUGCGUGCAGAGCACGCUUUGAAAAUGGCUUCUCCUUACUUUUUUCGCAAGAGAAUGACCGAAAUGAGCAGAAUGAAAGAGACUAAAAUUCAGAACUCCACCUCAUCAACAUUAAAAACUAGAUCGGCGAAAGUGCCUAAGUGCUCCGGACCUGCUGUGGAGGUAAAACAGGAACGUGAGGACCAGUGCAUCUCAGUACCUGAGCCAAACCGGCCGGGAUCCGGAACUGCCAGCAAUCCGGACCAGCGCAAAACAGCAGAUGGUGAGCCGCACUGGGAGAGACGCAGGCGGCCUGUGAAGGUGGAGUAUGAGGAGCCCAAGAGGGAGCCCAAGAGGGAGCCCAAGAGGGAGCCCAAGAGGGAGCCAUGGGAACCGGCAGACUGGAGGCGGCAACUGGAGAACAUAAGGCAAAUGCGGAGCGCCCGCAAUGCCCCCGUGGACAGCAUGGGGGCAGCACGCUGUGUCGACCCCCUGGCCCCUCCUGAGGUCAUGAGAUUCCAGGCACUCGUCUCCCUCAUGUUGUCCAGCCAGACCAAGGACCAGGUGACAGCCGCAGCCAUGGAGAGGCUGCGAAGACACGGCCUGACCGUGAAGGGCAUCCUGGAGACCGACGACGAGACGCUGGGGCAGCUCAUCUACCCCGUGGGCUUUUGGAGGACUAAGGUGAAGUACUUGAAGCGGACGGCAGCCGUCCUGCGGGAGGAAUACGGCGGCGACAUCCCCGGCAGCUUCGAGGGGCUGGUGCACCUCCCCGGCGUCGGGCCCAAGAUGGCCCACCUGGCAAUGGACAUCGCCUGGAAUCAGGUCUCUGGAAUCGGGGUAGACACACACGUACAUCGAAUUUCCAAUCGCCUCGGCUGGAUGAGGACCAAGACCAAAUCCCCAGAGGACACGCGGAAGGCACUGGAGGACUGGCUCCCAAGGCAGCUGUGGGGCGAGGUUAACUGGCUGCUAGUGGGCUUCAGACAGCAACUCUGCCUGCCGAGAAACCCGCUCUGCUCCCACUGCCUGAACCGGCACAGCUGUCCCUCUGCACACUGCAGCUCCCCAGACAGGAAGCCCCUGCCCCCCAUCCUCAAGCCUCCUGACCAGAGCAAGGUGAAAGUGGAGUCGCCCCCACCCACUGAUGGCAUAAAGCCGGAUGGGCCUGCCUCCCCCACGGGCUCCCCUGGGCUGCGACGGGGCGGUAUUUUGUGAGUGUGUGCCCUACAGUGGACUGGCAGCCCAAACAGUGUGUCUCCUGUCCUCCUUGUGUUUGUGGGUUAGACUCCAGACUAAGUGCAAACCUGUGCUGGGUCUCAGUGUGGAAGACAGAAGGAUGGACCUCAAAUAAUGGUGAAUCCAACCAUUCAUGCUGAAUCCAAUUAAACAUUCAAAUAUAGUUUAUCAUUAUUUAGAGAAAUACUUUAGCGUGAUGAGCAAAGAGACACAGGACACAGAGGUACAGGAGAGGCAAGGUUUAUUAUUUAUAUGCACUAUACAAAUAAAACCUACGUGAAAAUGUUUAAGGGCUCAGGAGAGGCCAUUUGAGGGUCACUUUGAGAAGGUGAGAGUCUUUGAGGAGGAGGCUGGUCGCUUUGUGGAGGAGAUGGGUUGCUUUGAGGAGGCGAGAGUCUGAGGAGGUGGGUCACUGGAGGCGAGUCGCUUUGAGGGGGAGACUGGUCGCUUUGUGGAGGAGGAGGGUCGCGUUGAGGAGGAGGCUGGUUGCUUUGAGUAGGAGGCGGUUCGCUUUGAGUAGGAGGCGGUUCGCUUUGUGGAGGAAGAGGAGGGUCGCUUUGAGGAGGAGGCGGUUCGCUUUGUGGAGGACGAGGGUCGCUUUGAGGAGGAGGCAGUUUGCUUUGAAGAGGAGGUGGUUCACUUUGAGGAGGAGGAGGGUCGCUUUGAAUGGGAGGCGGUUCACUUUGUGGAGGAGGAGGGUUGCUUUGAGGAGGAGACGGGUCACUUUGAGGAGGAGGCUGAUCGCUUUGUGGAGGAGGCAGUACAUUUCGCGGAAAUGUGGACAUUCUAUUGGCAUUAAGCAGAUUCAUCGCUCGCAUUGCUACGCCCUUAUUUGGGUGGUGCUUUUCUACUAAACUUCAACUGCACCACUGAGGCGCGCCAACUGAGACCGAGCAUGGGAGACGAUUACCCACAAUCCCACAGCGAGAAGAUUACCCACAAUCCUGCAUUCAGACGAAUACCCACAAUCCCACACCGUGAGAGAGAAGAACCAUAUGCUCAGUUGUGAUCAUGUGACACUCGGCAGACAAAGCGUAUAUAUAAUACUCGUAUUGUAAGACCACACUCGUUUAUCAAGUUAAAAUUUAUUUAAAAUUUUGCUCGUCUUGCAAAACACCACUUGCAAACCAAGUUACUCUCAAUCCAAGGCUUGACUGUUCUUAUUUCACUAUUUACAUACUGGAGUCUGGUGCCGUGGCCGUCGUUGGGUCACUGGCCUCCUCCAUCCCUCUCCAGGCCCUGUCUGCAGCUCUCUGGGGGCUGGGCUCUCCUCAGUCAGACUUAGUUGGCCUCACCAGUUCGGUGUCUGACUUAGUGCGAGUCGGAAUGGGUCUCCUCUGGUUGAAUCUCCUCAUGGGCCGCCGCCUCUGCUUCUCAGCAGGUCUCCCCAAAUCACUUUCAGAUCGGGUAUGUCUGUUGUCCACCAUACAUUUCACCCGCUGUAAGGUUUGGUGCUGGGUGCUUCUCCUGCCCAGCCUACUUCUUACUAUCCUCUGUCUGAAUAGUUCUCCAUCAACAUUCACCUCUGUUCCUGACCUUGCCCUGUCCUGUUGGCUGCUCACCUGCACGACAUUGUCUUCAGCGCGUGUGUCUGUGUGCAUGUGUGUGAACGCGUGUGUGUCUGUGUGCAUGUGUGUGUUUUGUGAGGACCAAAUAUUCCCCACAAUGUGAAAAAAGGCUUUUUUCAAUGAUAUAUUUUCUUCUAACAUUAAAGGAUUUUGUUACCA